AUGGAUGUCAAACCGACCACCAAUCUCGAUGACUACCAACUCGCUCAGCUGGGCCAUUCCCAGUCCUUCAAGCGCAACUUCAGUCGUUGGACAAUGCUGGGUUUAGCUUUUGCCAUCCUCAACUCUUGGACUGCUCUUGCAGCAUCGCUUUCGCUCGCUCUACCAUCAGGAGGACCUGUCGCUGUUAUCUGGGGACUGGUCACAGCUGGUAUCUGCAAUCUCUCGCUUGCUGCAAGUCUAGCUGAAUUUCUGUCAGCACAGCCAACUUCUGGUGGGCAGUAUCAUUGGGUUGCCACCAUUGCCCCCAAGUCUUUGAAGAUCCCCCUGUCUUGGAUCACGGGUUGGAUCAACCUCAGCGGCUGGGCCUGUCUGGUUGCGACCAACUGUUCCUUGUCGAGCACUCUCAUCAUCAACAUCAUCUCUCUCCAAAACCCCAGCUAUGAGUUCCAGAGAUGGCACCAAUUCCUCAUCUAUCUCGGUAUCGCCUUUAUCGCCUUCGCAACCAAUGCUUUUCUUCAUUCGCUCCUCCCUCGCAUCAAUGGCCUUGCUCUUGUAUGGAGUAUCGCCGGUUUCUUCAUUAUCUCCAUUACAGUGCUUGCGUGCGCUGCGCCCGAAUAUGCUACCGCCGACUACGUAUUCGCUACCUUUAUCAACACAACUGGUUGGCCAGAUGGUAUCGCCUGGCUCCUUGGUCUCUUGCAGGGAGGACUUGGACUUACAGGGUUUGAUGCCGUUGCUCACAUGAUUGAAGAAAUUCCCAAUGCAGCCAGCGAGGGCCCCAAGAUUAUGCUAUACUGUCAGUAUAUCGGCAUCUCGACUGGAUUCCUGUUUCUCAUUGUGGUGCUAUUCGUGUCUGGUGGUAUCAAGAACGCUGAUACCAUCAUUGGAUCAACGGCUGGUCCCCUUCUUGAGAUCUUCUACUUGGCCACCAACAGCAAAGUCGGAGCCAUUUGCUUGCUUAUGUUUCCUCUCCUCUGCUUGGUAUUUGCUGCCAUCGCAGUCAUGACCACUUCGUCACGUAUGAUGUUCGCGUUCGCAAGAGACGGUGGACUUCCAGCAUCACGCAUCUGGUGGAAGGUUCACCCCAAGCUCGGUGUACCCAUGAACGCCCUGUAUCUCAAUGUUGUGAUUGUGGUCAUCUUUGGCUGCAUCUACCUCGGUUCUACUGUCGCCUUUAAUGCCAUCGUAGCGUCUUCUGUGGUUGCUCUUGGCCUCAGUUAUGGCAUUCCCAUCGCUCUGCACCUUGCGAGUGGCCGGACUCAAUUGCCAGAAGGAGCUUUCAAGCUGCCCAACUGGCUUGGAUGGACAACAAACAUCAUUGGAUUGGUGUACACUAUUGUUACUACGGUGCUCUUUCUAUUCCCUCCAGCGUUGCCUGUUAGUGGAACUACGAUGAACUACUGUGUUGUUGCAUUUGGUGUCAUCGUGGUCAUAUCAGCCAUUCAGUGGGUUGUGGAUGGAAGAAAGAACUUUGAAGGACCUCGAAUCACGAUAGGCGAACAUGAGAUGACAGAGAGAGAUAUUGAGGAAUAA